GCUUCCAAGGCUAGAAUGACCACUAGCCUAUCGCUACCGCUGGGGUAUGAAAAGCAGACUGUAUCAGAGUUAUAACUGCAAUGCUUAGUGGCGCCACAAGGCGGUGCCUCCUCCCCUCGGACCGAUACACAUGAAGAGAGACUUCACUGACGACUCUUACUGCUCAUGUAAGAUAAGUAAAUAUAGCGCCGUGGACACCUGGCAUUGUAUGGUACAUGUUGUAGAGUAAAGUAUCAGCGUAGAAUAUUCGUUUAGUUGUGUGUCGACUCUUUGAGCUAACCGGCUAACUGCUAGCUCUCUGCUACACCAUUCCCCUCCAGCUGAACGAACGAAGAGCAGUCAGAAGUGCGUCUGGUGCCUAGCAACGGUUGCUAGGCUGUUGGAGGGCGGAGCUUACCUGGAAUAUCUUUUUGAUCUGACGUCAGGUUUAAUAAUGCCUUUCAUCAUGAGUGACAUGACAUCAUGACAUUAUAUAUAUAUAUACAUAUAUAUAUAAAAAAGACAGAUUCAGACAUUGGGGAAAAUCAUUCUAUACUUUGGUUCACUCUACAUCGGUUUACUUAUAUCUGCUCAAAAAGCUUCUGACCAACCAGAACUUGUAAAACAAGACAAGACAUUCAGAAAACGUAGCCUCUCUUAUACAAUCACCAUGACUGAAAUGGAAAGUACUCAGACAGGGGAGAUAUCGAAGAUCACAGUGGAAGAUAUUCGUCCAGCGGUUGAGUCCUUUAUCAAAGGGAUGACACUGGAACAGCAGAGAUUGUUGGUGCAAGGUGCACCUGAUGAUGCCACAUCAAUAUUGUUGGCAGAGAUGAUUUUGGACCUAAUAUCACUAGUGUCUAAAUCCAUUUUGGCAACUCUGCAGAAUAAAUACAGCCAAAUAAUCUCAGAGGAGCAUGUUCGGUCCAGUCUGGGCGACACACUUCCUCUGACCUUUGCUGAAAUUCUUCAAGUAAAGGACCCGGUCCACUGUGACAGCUCAACCAAAUUAAACAACAUGUUUGUUAGAGAGGUUGCACAAAGCAUUAACUCUGCUAUCAGCAACAGCGUGGACACUUUGGAACCUGUGUUUAGUGAGCGUGUGACUCCCCCUCACAGACUUAAUCUGAUGGUACAACAUGCCUUUAAUAUGUUGAAAGCAUUUCUGGGCAAGAUGAAAGAUGUUUUGUGCUCAUGUCGACCACGUAAACCACGAACCAGACAGGACAUCUACGUACAGAAGGCCGCUGAUGGACAACAAGAGAUGGCAGAUCAAGAGGAGGCAGAUCACUGCCAGUCAGCAGCCAGAUCUGGGGAAUCAAAAAGCCCGGACAAGGUCUCCAGAACAUCAGAGCACUUUGUGAGUGUUACAACUAUAGCUGUGAGGGAAAUAAUUACAAAUGAGGUGAGUGGACUCACAGAGCCUCUACUGGAUGAAAUGACCGACUCUGGGUAUGAUCAGCUGCAAUCUGACACCUCACGGGAGAUUCACAUUAUUGCAGAUGACAUUACAGAGUUAAUUGUUGAGGAGGUUAACAGUCUGGAAGAGCAAAAUGCUGCAAGUAUUAGUCUAGAACCCACAGAAACCAGUACCAGCCCUGAACCUACGGAGACCAGUACCAGCUCUGAACACACGGAGACAAGUACCAGCCCUGAACCCACAGAGACAAGUACCAGCCCUGAAUCCACAGAGACCAGUACCAGUCCAGAACCCAAGGAGAAAAGUACCAGCUCUGAACCCACAGAGACCAGUACCAGCUCUGAACUCAUGGAGACAAGUACCAGCCCUGUUUCCACAGAGACCAGUACCAGCCUUGUUUCCACAGAGACCAGUACCAGCCCAGAACCCACGGAGACAAGUACCAGCCCUGAACCCACAGAGACAAGUACCAGCUCUGAACCCACAGAGACCACUACCUGUCCAGAACCCAUGGUGACAAGUACCAGCUCUGAACUCACAAAAACCAGUACCAGCUCUGAACCCACAGAGACAAGUACCAGCCCUGGACCCACAGAGACCAAUACCAGCCCAGAACCUACAGAGACAAGUACCAGCUCUGAACCCACAGAGACCAGUACCAGCUCUGAACCCACAAAAAGUACCAGCCCUGAACCAACAGAAAUAAGUACCAGCUCUGAACCAACAGAGACAAGUACCAGCCCUGUUUCCAAAGAGACCAGUACCAGCCCCGUUUCCACAGAGACCAGUACCAGCCCAGAACCCAUAGAGACAAGUACCAACCCAGUACCAGCAGAGACAAGUACCAGCUCUGAACCCACGGAGACAAGUACCAGCUCUGAACCCACGGUGGCAAGUACCAGCUCUGAACCCACAGAGAACAGUACCAGCCCGGAACCCACAGAGAAAAGUACCAGCUCUGAACCCAAAGAGACCAGUACCAGCUCUGAACCCACAGAGACCAGUAGCAGCUUUGAACCCAAGGAGACAAGUACCAGCCAAACUCCCACAGAGACAAGUGUUACCACGGAAUUCAAAGAGAAACUGUCCUUAAAAGAAGUCGGGAGAAAGAUAAGAAUCUUUUUUGCCGAGCAGUUUGCCAAAAUGUCGAUACAUCGAAUGGCGACUCAACUAGACAACCAAUUCAACCCCUACUCCAAAGUUAAAAGGGAGAAGUCUAUGCAGUCCUUGGUGACUAAUGUUGACUCUCUGUUUUCAGAGGAAGGUGUAAAACAAGAAGUUGGAAGUGAGGUUGUGUAUAGUAAAUUGCAAGAUAUUUCCAACGGUAAAGACCAGGUGUUCCAAGAAGAGCUUACUGGUCUCCUCUACAGUUAUGUCUCUGAGGGGAUGAUUCCAGAAACUGUCCCAGGAUCAAAUGAAAAGAUACUGUCUUCUUCCCCAUCACGUGAUACAGUGUAUGGUGAAAUAUAUUGUAAAGUGUGGCGUUACCUUGGACUGAUGAAGUGGUGGCUGUGCACACAGGCUGGCAUCCACAGUGAGAAGAUGAAAAAGGCUUUCAAGAAUACUGAGUCACUGUCACCCACAACUACACCAACACCCAAACCUACACCGUCACCCAAACUUACAAACCUACAUCCACACCCACAACUACACCCACACCAAAACCUACACCUAUACCGACACCCAAACCUACACGUAACAUACACCCAAGCCUACAUCUACGCAUUCGCCCAUGGCAAGUCUACACCUACACCUACGGUCGCAGUAUCUGAGGAGGCAGCUGCAGACCUGUGCAGAAUUCAACAGCACAGACAGAGAAAAAACAGAAUUUCCAUCAGGCUACUUGUGCGAAGCUGUUUUGCGGACCUUUAA